AUGUCAAUGAAGAUGGGCGCAGUGGCCCUCUGCUUCUGCCUCCUUGCAGCUGCUGUGUGGUUGGGCCUGUCAAUGACAACAUCUGAGUCGCUUGAAGUUUUCUAUCCAGAGGUGGGGAACAUCAGCUGCAAAAUCGUCCCUCAGUGCAAUGAAUACAGGCAGAAGAUACAGAUGUGGUCGGAGCCGAUAGUGAAGUUUCCUGAAGCCUUGGAUGAUACACAAUAUCUGCUGGUGAUGGUGGAUCCGGAUGCCCCCAGCAGGCAUGACAACAGGGCCAAAUACUGGAGACACUGGGUGGUGUCCAACAUCAAAGGUUCCGACAUAAAAGCUGGGAACAUUCGAGGCAAUGUAAUAACAGACUACCAGCCUCCUAGCCCCCCACCGACCACUGGCUUACACCGCUACCAGUUCUUCGUCUAUCUUCAGGGAGAUAGGGACAUCUCCAUCCCCACCAAAGAAAACAGAAACCGAGCUUCUUGGAAACUGGAAAAAUUUCUGCAGGACCACAAGCUGCAGAGUCACGAAUCAAGCACCCAGUACAUGACUGAACAUGAUGAUACUGUGCUACAAUAUUACAAAAUGAACGAAGCCAAAGGCAAAUCCAGUGAAACAUAACUGUUCACUGAGCUACCAACUUUACCUUCCAGGUGUGUGCCAUGUCAUGGAACCUACUACAGAUGGUCACGGGACAUAAUAUCCUCUUGGUAACUUCCAAAUUAAAAGAAAAAGUCACCCAGG